AUGACCGCCAAGCAAAUUUUCCUGACUGUGGCUAUUUUGAUAUUUUAUUUUGUGAUGGAAACCAAUUCACGCUUUGAAUUUACGAACCUAAACUGUACUUCUUUCGACAUGGGAAUUGGAGAAUUUGAGUACUGCAACUUAAAGUCGAUAAAUCGAAGCUACAAAUAUGUUUCCGGAAAAUAUAAGUUGCAUCAAAUUCCGUUACCGAUCAUGAAGCUUAAUUUUAUAAUGUGGAAACGACUCAAUGGAUACAGGCCUUUUCUCUACAACAUUACAGUAGAUGCAUGCAGAUUUAUUGAAAAUCCAAAAUCCAACCCGGUCUUAAAAUAUAUCUUUGAUUCAUUUACCGGUUAUUCGAAUAUAAACCACUCAUGUCCCUAUACGAGCGAUUUAAUUGUGGAAAAACUGCCAAUUGGUUUUUUGAAUCACCGAGUGACUGAAAUUCUUCCCAUCCCCGAGGGUAAUUACCUGUUUGAGUUUCGAUUAAUUCGCUUAAAGUCUAUUUUUGCGAGCAUACAAGUCUAUUUUACUAUUUCAUAA